UCAAACAUGACUGACUCGGACGCCGAGUCCGACGUCCUUGACCUGUCAGGCCGAAGGUUACAUAGAAUUGAGGUGCCACCCGGCCUUGAUCCUGCUACCAUUAUUUGUGACAAGAACAAUGUUUCCAAGAUAGAAAAUCUGGAACGAUGCCACAACCUAAAACAGCUGUCUCUGUCUGGGAACAGACUGGUGAGGAUGACCGGGAUAGGGAAACUGAAAAACUUGACCGUUCUCAAUCUACCCAACAACAGUAUUGUGGCUGUGGAAGGUUUAAAAGAACUUUUGCAGCUGGAAUGGUUGAACUUAUCGGGAAAUAGCAUCAAGGCCAUGGAGAAUCUGAAUACCAACAUCAGCCUAGGUCAUCUGGAUCUAUCCGACAACAGUAUAUCUUCCCUGUCGGACAUAACACACCUGAGGAGUCUCCGGACACUUCUUCUCCAUGGCAACAUUCUGACAUCACUGAGAACAGUCCCACAGCAUUUCCCAAAGUCCAUAGCUAUCCUGUCAUUGGCUGAAAAUGAAAUAGGAGACAUCAAUGAGGUGAUGUACCUGUCUUGUCUGCCGUACCUGGAGCAACUCUCACUCACCAACAACCCAUGUGUACUGAUGACUGCCUCCACCCCAUAUCCUUGUCUGUAUAUACAUGUUCUGGAUGGCUACCUCAUCAGAGACAAAGAAAGGUUGAAGGCUGAAUGGAUUUAUUGCCAGGGCAAAGGUCGUCACUUCAAACCAGGACAGCAUGUGGAGGUCGUGGAGUACCUGGCCAGCGUUUGUCCACUCACCAACUCUGCUGAGUUGCAGAUGCAGUUUGCAUGA